AUAUCGCAGGAGAAAGUGCCAACGUCAUGACCUAUUGCAAUGUGAACUAAAAGCGCGCCCAUUUUGGUGUACUCUAUGAUUCGCAAUGUCUUUGCCACACCUUGAGCCAGGUACAGAGGCUCGAGCAUCACCUUCGCAAUCGUAUAGCGACGAUCCAAGCUCCCGGAGUGAACCGCCGAAUAGCCACACUUAUCCACAGAGCUCUCGUGCUUCUCUAAGCGGGGGACUAGAUGAACCAAUAUCAUUCAAACGCAAACAGAAGCAGCGAUCCAGGUUCAGUAUCUCGCGCCUCUUCCCAGGCGAAUCAACAUCAACAAGAGAUACCGGCUUCGGUUCUCCCAAUCGCAACAGGCAGCCCCCUCACAGUCGGUCGCCUCCGCCGCGCGACUUUCCUAGCAGCAAUGGAAAUGCGAAUCAUAAGGACUCGGGCUUCCUCGAUUGGUAUGUGGAAGGGCCAGGGCGACGAGUAGGAUAUGAUGACCUCACGGCGAUUGAUUGGAUUUUUGAAUACACAAAAGAGCGUCAGAGGAAACGACUACUCUACGCCAACGGGCAGGGACUUGUUGGAUAUACGCGCAAGAUACUAGAUGCGAGCAAUGUCUGGAUUGUGUUGAUUGCUACAGGAAUCCUGGUUGGUAUCAUUGCUGCCUGCAUUGAUGUCUCAAGUGACUGGCUAGCAGACCUUAAAACCGGCUACUGCAAGAAUGGGGCAGGGGGAGGCAGAUUCUAUCUGAAUCGGAGCUUCUGCUGCUGGGGACAUGACGACAUCAAUAACUGCUUAGAUUGGACACCGUGGAGGACCGCCUUUGGGGUGACUUCACGUGACGGAGGUUAUACAGUCGACUAUGUCUUGUAUAUUCUUUACUCGGUGUUCUUCGCCGUUUGCGCAUGUAUUCUGGUAAGGACAUAUGCCAUUUAUGCGAAACAUAGUGGUAUCCCCGAGAUCAAGACCGUACUCGGUGGCUUUGUUAUCAGACACUUUAUGGGGCCGUGGACACUUGCAAUCAAAUCAUUGGGUCUGUGCUUGUCUGUCGCAUCUGGUAUGUGGCUCGGCAAAGAGGGGCCUCUCGUUCAUGUGGCCUGUUGUUGUGCGAGUUUGAUGAUGAAGCCAUUUCAUAGUCUCAACCACAAUGAGGCGAGGAAACGAGAGGUUCUCUCUGCGGCGGCGGCGGCCGGUAUCUCUGUCGCCUUUGGAGCACCAAUUGGAGGUGUUUUGUUCAGCUUAGAGCAACUAUCCUACUACUUUCCAGAUAAGACCAUGUGGCAGAGUUUCGUAUGUGCCAUGGUAGCUUCCGUGACUCUGCAUGCCCUCGACCCGUUUCGCACGGGCAACAUUGUUCUCUAUCAGGUCAAGUACACCCGUGGGUGGCAUCGCUUCGAGAUAAUUCCCUUUGUUAUACUUGGUAUCGUGGGAGGUCUCUACGGAGCUUUCUUCAUCCGACUGAACAUGAAAAUUGCGGACUGGCGGCGCUCACGAAGUAUCCCCCGGCCGAUCCUGGAGGUGUCAGUCGUGGCUCUUCUCAACUCUCUCAUCAACUUCCCAAAUCUCUUCAUGAAGGCUCAAAAUUCGGAGCUCGUGCAUUCGCUAUUUGCCGAAUGUGGCACCGCAACAGACGAUCCGUUCGGCUUCUGUAAGACUGGUGCUGUAUCGGCCAGUACAGUGGCUCUUUUGCUUUCGGCUGCUAUCCUUGGCUUUUUCCUUGCAUCGAUAACCUUCGGAUUGGACAUUCCUGCAGGCAUAAUUCUCCCAUCGAUCGCCAUUGGGGCUCUCUAUGGACGAGCUCUUGGCAUCGUUUUCCGGAUGUGGCAACAGGCUUUUCCUAAAUUCUUCUUGUUCGGUAGUUGUGAGCCGGAUAUACCAUGCGUGACCCCAGGGAUAUACGCUAUCAUCGGAGCAGCUUCAGCCCUUGGUGGUGCCACUCGAAUGACCGUGUCGAUCGUGGUAAUCAUGUUUGAGCUCACUGGUGCUCUAACCUAUGUCAUCCCCAUCAUGAUUGCAGUCAUGCUGUCCAAAUGGUGCGGGGAUAUUUUCGGAAAGCGUGGUAUCUACGAGUCGUGGAUUCAACUGAAGGAGUACCCGUUCCUCGACCAUCGCGAUGACUCUGCUCCGCCCGAUGUGUAUGCUCACAAAGUUAUGACCACCGUUGACGACCUUACAGUCAUCACUGCCGUUGGGCAUACGAUUGACACUCUUCGCAAUCUUCUUAUGACCACCUCGUACCGUGGAUACCCGGUUGUUACGGACAUGGCGAAUCCUGUCCUACUGGGUUAUAUCUCUCGGAACGAGCUGUCUUAUGGCUUGAAGUACUCGGCGUCGCCUUCGGAUCAUGAGUUAUCCGGCACAACGCAGGUCUUCUUUACCCAUCAACCGUUUGCAGACCCAGGCGAAACCCUUGAUCUCCGGCCUUGGAUGGACCAGACGCCGAUCACGCUCAACAGUAACACCACCUUCCUCAUUGUCCUACGAAUGUUUCAGAGACUUGGUCUCCGGUAUGUUCUGUUCGCCGACAAAGGCGUCUUACAGGGCCUGCUCACCAAGAAGGACGUCUGGUCAAUCGUCAGCGGACCAGGAUUCCAUAAAGACGAAGCCCUGCUUGAGCGAACCUUCACGCAACCCAGCGCCGCGGAGGAGGUCGGCUUGCUUGAUGGUGAUGACGGGACCAGCCUUGCUAGCUCCAUCGAGCGACGGCAGUCUCUCUGAUGUGGGGGAGCAAACUCAUUAUGUGGUAUAUUUUUGCUUUCCGAAAGAGGGCGGGCUUCAUUUACUCAUUUACAUUUUGAAUACUUCUUUGCACAUGUUGCUGUAAUCUUGGACUUAUGGAUACGCGGAUGGUCUGAUUAGCUCUACUGUGGCCUGAUGGCGUUAACUGACUCCGUUUUUCC